AAUAUGUCCAAAAAUGAAAUAUUUACUGCACCGAUCGUCGGUUUCUGUCGUAUGCAGUUAUGACCCAUCCAUCAUGGAUUCCAUGUAAUGUUUUUAUUAAAUGUCAACUUUUAUUUAGUUGUUCGGUCGGCGUCACUGUCAAAGGCAGCCUUGCGCUUGGCGGACCCCCGAAGCCCAUCCUGAUCCUCGGUCCCCAGAGAAGUGACACAUCGGAGACUUUUUGUUCUUCUCCUGCAGCGUCUUUGCAUCGUGGCUGCGACGAGCUCCACCGCCUCGUGCUGCUCCACGCGCCGCACCUGUCCCGCCGCAACCCUCCCGCCAUGCGCCGACAGGGCGCGCGCACCCUCGCGCUCAUCCUCUGCAUGUUCUCGUACCUACUGGUGGGCGCCGCCGUGUUCGACGCGCUGGAGUCCGAGUCGGAGAGCUCCCGCAGGCGCGUCCUGGAGCGGCAGCGCGACGAGAUGAAGAGGCGCUACGGCCUGUCGGACGAGGACUACCGCGAGGUGGAGCGCGUGGCGCUGCUCGCGGAGCCGCACCGCGCCGGCAGGCAGUGGAAGUUCGCGGGCUCCUUCUACUUCGCCAUCACGGUCAUCACCACCAUAGGUUACGGGCACGCGGCGCCGGGCACCGAUGCCGGGAAGGUGUUCUGCAUGUUCUACGCGGUGCUGGGCAUCCCGUUGACGCUGGUCAUGUUCCAGAGCCUCGGCGAGAGGCUGAACGCCGCCGUGCGCUACCUGCUGUGCCGCCUCAAGGCGACCCUCGGCUUCCGGCACACCGACGUCUCCACGGGCAACAUGGUGCUCGUCGGCUUCCUGUCCUGCCUGGGGACGCUGUGCGUAGGCGCCGCCGCCUUCUCCCGCUUCGAGGGCUGGACCUUCUUCCACGCCUACUACUACUGCUUCAUCACGCUCACCACCAUCGGCUUCGGGGACUUUGUGGCCCUGCAGAAGAAGGAGGACCUGCAGGAGAAGACUCUCUACGUGGCUUUCAGCUUCAUGUACAUCUUGCUGGGGCUCACGGUCAUCGGGGCCUUCCUCAACCUGGUGGUGCUGCGGUUCCUCACCGUGAGCGCGGAGGACGGGUACCGUGAUGGGGCCCGAGGGCAGGGGCGGGUCUCGGUGGCAGGAUGGGUAGGAUCGCUGGGACGAGGGGAGGACGGGCGCAGCAGCAGCAGCAACCUUUUUCUGCCUACGGAGGAAGGCGCGAGUCGCCUGAACCUCCUUCUGCCCUCAGCGGCUGAGGAGCAGCUCGCCCCCUCCGAGUCCUGCCCCUACACCCAAGGACGUCGCAUCCGCUUCCUCUGCCCUUGCAUGUGCGGGGGCUCCGUUCUGUCGUGCCGUGACCACCAGGGCGGCGCCGUAUACCACAACUGUGGCGCGUUCGGGAUGAACGGCGCCGGUUCCUGGAGCUCCCGGGAGCCCACGGCACAGUCGUCCCCCGUCAGCGGCUCCCUUUCUCCGGCGCGGGGGAGCUUCCAGGGCCUCCACGGCAUGCGCCGCAAGUCCAUGUAGAGUGUGCGCCGUGCGCUGCGAGUGUUGAAACUGCACAAGUUUCUGGCACGGGGCUCCGCACAAAGCCCGGAUGAGAGGCAUGUCCAAGCGGACAGAGCGACACGCCUGGGAGCAAAGUAAAGAUGUUACCUUUGGUGACUGAGUUACUGCUACUGCCACUGGUGUAACACACAUGUUGAUCUUACAGUUUAAGGCAACACAGAUACAGUGAGAGCAUAACAAUUAUCAAAUAAAUUUAAUGAAGAUGGACCCAAGGUUAAUGAUAUUUAUUAGAAUUUAUA